GUUUUACUUUUAGAAGAAGAGAAAUUGCGCGAACAACGAACUCUCCGAAAUUUGACGAUCAAGUUAGUACCAUAUCUGAAGUACAGCCAUGAAAGCUGUUAUGAUGGUACUAGCUCUCACAGCUUCCGUGUCGAAUUUGACAGCAGCUAUUCAAAGCCGUUCGUCCUUUCUUCAGACGACGAAAGAUCGCUAUCUAGUAGGCCAUGUGAUCAGUGAUCAUCGGAAGGUGUCCAGCAUUUCAUCAUGUGCACAACUCUGUCUGAAAAGACGUCCAUCUUGCCGCUCAAUAAACUACGGGGGAGGAGAAGGAGAAACGAUUUGUGAGUUAAACGAUAAAGGAUUAGAGAGCGCUAAUGCAGAGUCUUCUUCCUUUGUUUCUAUGCCUGGAUUUAUCUUUGCUCAGCUUCUCAAUUUUGAGUAUCACAAGAGUUGCGACGAAAUCCAGAAAAAGAAUCCUGAGGCGAAGAGUGGUUUACACAAAGUUUACCCUGUGUCAAAUGCUGAUCCUGUUGAGGUAUACUGUGAACUUGACAUUGCUGAAGGUGGCUUCACUUUCCUUCCUCACAGCCUCACUUUAAGAUCAGAUGCUAAACAGAUUGUCGACGCCCUCUUCAAAGACAAGAAAACCGUGUUGCUAAAGUUAAGGAAACAUGUCGAUGGCAGCGAGUGGUACACUUUGAUUCAGCCCCACCCGAAUUAUGCUGACGUCGAUUUUGGCGUCUUGGUGAACAACUACUCUGGUUACACCGAACCAAACAACGCCUUCAUGCAGAAAUACGUAUUCCUUGGCAUCCUCCCUAAAUCAGUGGCAAAUAAGAAAACAACCCAGGGUUUCAGAUCUAAUGGCAUCAUAGUAGAGUUUGGGAACUGCGAUGCCAAUCCCAACAGCUUGUUUGCAUUUUUCCCGAACCAUCAUCACGAAUUACCAUAUGGUCAUGGCGGGACGUCAGGAUAUGAAAAUAGUGGAGUCGCAGUAAACUGGCGUUCCCAUGCCAAAGCUGUCACGAAUGGCGGUCCCAAAACGCCAAGCGAGUUCUUCUUCUUGACCGAGCUGGAAUUUGGUGGCUGUGGCUGUUACACUUCAAGCGACCGCUGGAAGAAGUUUGGUUAUAAUUCUACUGCCAUUGGACUCCGCUGAUCAAUGUUUUCAUCAUGAAAAGUUAGCUUUUUUGAUUGCUAAUGGAUGACUUGUAACUCAUUACUAGUCAGCAAGGGUCAGACUCACUUUUCAGAAGGUUGCCAAAUACUAUAAAUGACCAGUAGAUGAGUUGGAAUGAGAACAGAAAAUGUGCAAACCUUUAGUUUGGUAGAUUACUUUAUACCAAAAGCUGCCUCAUCUGUCUUAACAUUUACAUGAUUUGUUAUGUUCUGUUUGUGUAAUUUAACCUUUCAUAUUUAAUU